CCCGGCCUUGGUCGAUGAGGCCGGGUCGUGGGGGUGAGUGGCCCGACCUGAGGGCGCUGAAAGCUCAGGCCGGCGACGACGACGGCGGUGAUAUCGGUGGUAACGACGGCCUCAGCAGGCGGGGAAGAUGAAAGGUAGCCGGAUCGAGCUGGGAGAUGUGACACCACACAAUAUUAAACAGUUGAAGAGAUUGAACCAGGUCAUCUUUCCAGUCAGCUACAAUGACAAGUUCUACAAGGAUGUGCUGGAGGUUGGCGAACUAGCAAAACUUGCCUAUUUCAACGAUAUUGCUGUAGGUGCAGUAUGCUGUAGGGUGGAUCAUUCACAGAAUCAGAAGAGACUUUACAUCAUGACACUAGGAUGUCUGGCACCUUACCGAAGGCUAGGAAUAGGAACUAAAAUGUUAAAUCAUGUCUUAAACAUCUGUGAAAAAGAUGGCACUUUUGACAACAUCUAUCUGCACGUCCAGAUCAGCAAUGAAUCAGCGAUUGACUUCUACAGGAAGUUUGGUUUUGAGAUUAUUGAGACAAAGAAGAACUACUAUAAGAGGAUAGAACCCGCAGAUGCUCAUGUGCUGCAGAAAAACCUCAAAGUCCCUUCUGGUCAAAAUGCAGAUGUGCAAAAGACAGACAACUGAACAAAUUACAAAAGAACUUUCUUGCACUUGCUUGUCGCCAAAUAAAAGAGAGGCCCGUUGAUUCCCCCCCCCUUUUCUUUUUAAGCUUUUCCUUCCUUAUUUUUCUCCUUUUCUUUCCUGUAAAAGUUUUAAUAUUUUCAAGGACUUUUGAAAAUAAUCAUGUUUGGAUUGUUUUAGUUCUCUUAUAUUUGUGAGGUGGUUUGAUUGAAGGAAGGAGAAGGUAAAUCUGUUUAGUUUCACAGUUAAGAUACAUGGUCCCAAAAAUUUGAGUGUCAAAUAAUUUCACAUUUUUAGAUGAUUUUUUAAAAUGUCCUGCAUUCACAUUGAAGGUCAGAGCCAACAAAAUAUUAUGUAUUUCAAAACAAAAAGAGAAGCAGCAGCAAUAUCUUAUUCUCUAAUUCAUAGACAAGUUUAGUGUGUUUGUGGUACUUUGAGUUUUUAAAGACUAUUUGUGGGAUUCUAAUCCUAGACAUUGCCUUCACUCCACCUUUAGUCCUUCUGAGCACUCUUUCAGGAGUUGGACCAUUUGUUAAACUUGUAAGAAAUACUAAAUUUAUUUAGGUUUUUUUAAGCAAUUAUUUUUUCUCUUGCUGGUGGGUGGGGUAUUUUGGGUAGGUAGUAUUGUACUUUAGUCUAAGUAUUUGAGUUAAACUGCUUUUUUUGCUAUUGAGUGGGCUUGUUGUUAGCAGGUAUAUUUUUCCUGCUGUUGAUUGUUACUAGUGGCAUUAAUGUUUAGAGUGUGGGCUGGUGAGAUUAAUUUUUUUUUAAUAUCCCAGCUAGAGAUACGGCCUUUAACUGACCUAAAGAAGUUUUUUGUGACUUUUAUUCCUUGUCCUUUUUCUUCAGUAAACCCAACAAUAGUUAGUCUAACCUUAAAAAUGGAGUUGAUGUCCUUACAGGACAGUGCCCCUAAAUAAACCUGAAACAGGUGUUUUCUCUUGGACAUAUUAAAAAUAUCUAAAAAAAAAAAAGUUAGAUGGACUUGUGGCACAAUAAAUGCAUUUAAUGUUGACUAAUGCAGGUUGUUAAAAAUGUGGCCACUGAGCAUUUGAUUAUAUAGGAAAGAAUAUCUAGACAGUAUUUUUGAGAAUAACAUAGCUAGGCUAUUGCUUAUCUGUUGGAGAACAUCCCAGAUUUGUUUACACUCUGUGCCUGUGAUAUUGAGUUUAAGGAUUUGGGAUAAGGAGACUUGUUAGACAUAUUGCUUCUAUUCUUGGAUAAGUAGAAGUAUAAAGUGUUAAUAAUGUAAAUGUCACUGUGACUCCUACUGACAGGACUAGUUUAUGCCAGACUGUUUUCUGGCACAUAGGGAGUGGCUUUGACAGGUUGAUAACUUUUUGUAAGAUGGAGAUAUCUGAAAUAUUCAUGUUUUCCUCCCUUAGUCCCACCUUCAAUAUUUUGAAUUUUUCAGAUUGUCAGUACUGAUAGCCCAAAAAUAUUCACAUUAGGCUUUAAAAUAAUACACAGAGUUUUCUGUCAUUUAAACUGAAAAGGAAGGCUGAUUUAUACUGCUUAUUCUCUUAUGAAGAAUUCUAGUAUAAAAAUUCCAUCUCCAAAUGUUAAAUGAUAAAAUUAUUUUACAAGAUGCAUAUGCACGUGUUAAAACCUUAAGUUUUAUUUCAUAAUGUGAAGAUACAAAGUAUAGUAGACUGCAGUAGUCUUAAUUGAGUGCCAAGAAUAAUAACCGAAAAAAAGAUAGUUCUUGAAUGAGUUUCUAGAAUUCUGAUCUUAAGAUGAGUAAAAAUGUAGAAAGACCAUGCUGGUUUCCUGGGUAUCAGUUUCUUAAGCAGUUCAAAUUUAAGUUUAGAGGAGAAGUUUAGCAUUAAGCACCUUUACCUUCAUAGAUAAGCUUCAGCUUGCUCUUGCCAAGAAGAGUGCUUGAAUUAUAGAAGUCAUAAUUAGUUUGAAGAAUCCAGCCUUUUUUGUAAGCUUCCAGAUAUCAGAAUAGAUUUUGAUGUAUAAAUGAGUUUUCUGAGAUGACACUGCCUCUAUUUCUAUAACCAUUUCACCUGGACUAUAAUCAGUCCUAUGAAUGUAUCCCUAAAUGUGGUUAUUUAAAACCAAAUAGCUGCCUCAUGUCAAUUAAGUACAUAUUAUUUAAGGAGGGAAAAUUGUUAAAUUUUGAAUUGAGUAUGUAGGCUUCCUUGUAUUAUGAAGUUUUUCGCGUUUUUUUUUUUUUUUUUCCUCCUCCACUAGUCAAUGAUUUAACCUAAAUUGUAAUGUUUGGAAAGAGUUAAUUGUCCUACAUCAAACUUGUAGUUACUUAUGGAGGAGGAGGAUGUGGAAGAGGUAGAAGGUGGGCACUAGUCGCUAUGCCUGAGUCAGUAAAGACUGAAGUAAUGUCCCAUGUUGCAUUGCUUAUUUUGAUACAAGUUAAAAAUUAUCUUUGAGGUAAAACAAUAAUUCUAUUAACUGGAAGGUCACAGGAUAUAGUCAUCAUAUUUUUCAGGAUAGGUAGUUUUUACUGUGGGAGAAGUUAGGUUAAAAUUAUACCAUGUGGUAUUUGCAUUUAGGUUCACAAAAAAAGAAAAGAAUCUGUAGAGAAAUCUAUGCAAUAUAUAAUUUGUCCAGAUUAGUUUUCAUUUUGGGACAGAAAUUGUGAAAUCAUCCAAAGCAGCUUGAUCAUCGGAUGAAACUCCUCCAAAAAGAGAACUAUUGGGAAACUAUGGUGUGUGGUGGUAGAAAAGUUCCCUCAGUUUUUUGGAGGGAAUAACUUUGAAAACACUCAAAAGGUUAAGUAUAAUUGGUGCAGUUAAGAAUUAAACUUGUCAAUUUUAACAUUGCUGUUACAUCGAAAAUAAACUUAAUGUGAUGUUC